AUGAGAAGCAGCUUUUGCCUUUUUGUUCUGAUUGCCAUUGUGUCGGGCAAUGAGCAUGCGCGAAGAAUACACGUUCACACUAAUCAUUUGCUCUCAGGAUAUUCUUACCUUCUUCCUUUCCUUCUAUCUUUUAAUUUUCAAUUUCUUUGUUUUUCAUUUCAUACAAUUUCUCUCUUUCUCGUGUUGUGGCUUGCUCUUUCAUCCCUUUUUCUUUCUUUCUGUCUUUCUUAUUUCAUUCUUUCUUCUCUUCUUUUUCUUUCUUCCUUUCUUUCAUACCUCAUUUAUUUCUUUCAUCCCCUUAUCUUUCUAUCUUUCUUUCAUCCCUUUUCUUUCUUUCUUUCUUUCUUUCUUUCUUUCUUUCUUUCUUCUCUUCUUUUUUCUUUCUUCCUUUCUUUCAUACCUUAUUUCUUUCUUUCAUCCCUUUUCCUUUCUUUCUUUCUUUCUUUUUUUCUUAUUUCAUUCUUUCUUCUCUUCUUUUUUCUUUCUUCCUUUCUUUCAUACCUUAUUUCUUUCUUUCAUCCCUUUUCCUUUCUUUCUUUCUUUCUUUUUUUCUUAUUUCAUUCUUUCUUCUCUUCUUUUUUCUUUCUUCCUUUCUUUCAUACCUUAUUUCUUUCUUUCAUCCCCUUUUCCUUUCUUUCUUUCUUUCUUCCUUAUUUCAUUCUUUCUUUUCUUCUUUUUUAUUUCUUCCUUUCUUUCAUACCUUAUUUCUUUCUUUCUUCCGUUCUUUUUCUCUUUCUUUCUUUCUUCACUUUUUUCUUCAUUUCGUUCGUUCUUCACUUCUUUCUUUCUUUCUUUUUAUUUAUUUCCUAUAUCGAUUUUCUUUUGCUUUUCUUUUCAUUUAGAAGUUUCUCUCCUUCUACUUUUUCUUUCUUUUCAUUAACAAUAUUUUUGUUUUUCACCUCUUUUCUUUUACUUGAUUUCUUCAUUUUCUCAAUGUUUCUUUCCUCUCUUCUCUUUUUCCCUUUCUUCCUUUACUCCCUUUAUUCAUUACUUCCUUUUCUUCCUUUCCUUUAUUUCUUCCAUAUCUUCUUUUUCUUCCAUUCUUCUCUUUCAUCCCUUCUUUCCUUUCUUCACAUUCUUUCUUUCUUCUCUUUAACCUCUUUUCUUCUCUUUAUUCCCUUUCUUCACUUCCCCUUUUCUUCCUUUUCAUCCUUCCUUCCCUUUCUUCUUUUUCAUUGCCUUUCUUCCUUUCCUUCCUCUCUUCCUUUCCGUCACUGUCUUCGUUUCUCCCCUUUUCUCCCUUUCUUCCUUUUCCUCUAUUUCUACCCUUUCUUCUCUUUCUUUCCUUGCUUCCUUUACUUUCUUCCUUUCCUCCUUUUCUUCCUUUUUUUCCUUUGUUCUCUUUCUUCUUUUUCAUCGACGUAG